AUGUUGUGGUCCCUGGUAGUGCCUCUAGAUGCACCUGCAUUAAAGAAGGCAGAUAUAGGAAUUGCCAUGGACUCAGGCACAACAGUUGCAAAGCAUGUUGCUGCUGAAGGCACAACCUUGGUCAAACAGGCAGAAGAUGCUGCAAGUAAUAAGAAGGCAGAAAAGAGAUUGCAGGUUGAUCCUGCUACGUGGCCAAUAAUGAUCUUUAGAAGCUUUGGAGCAAACGAGACUCAAGCAAAAGUAAACACACAGAGAGUUGUUGGCACAUACAAUCUUGCUGCUAUAAGAGAGAUGAUCGGAUGGCUAAAGGUUGCAGAAGCAAGUGUCACACCUGUAUACAUAAUGUUUGACAAUUUUAUUGAUAUUGUGGUUGUCAAAUAUUGGGCAGAAAAAGGGGUUUCAGGUUUCUAUGUUUACAAGUUUCAUCUCAAGCGUAUGGAAGGGCAGCCUUCUUUAGUGAUUGACAUGGCUAAUUUGUUGUUUUUAAUGUUAGGAUGGUAUGUGAAGACAUCAGUUACAAGUAUAUCAAGUAUAUUAAAGUUUCAAACAAUGUUGUGGUCCCUGGUAGUGCCUCUAGAUGCACCUGCAUUAAAGAAGGCAGAUAUAGGAAUUGCCAUGGACUCAGGCACAAAGUUGCAAAGUGAACGAAGUCUUGAAAUUGAGCACUUUAGUAACAUUGACUCCAUUAGACUUUAUAGCAUAUCCAGAAAUGCAAAUGUUGUUUUCCAUCUUGAUGAACGUUGUGAUAUGGGGUUGGAUGAAAAGUUGCUGGAUAAUCUCACCUCUCAGCCUUCUUUGAAGUCAAGGGGUCCAAAUACAGGUUACAAAUCUUCUACAAUUACAGACAAUGGUCUGAGCGUUUUUCUACAUGUUGCUGCUGAAGGCACAACCUUGGUCAAACAGGCAGAAGAUGCUGCAAGUAAUAAGAAGGCAGAAAAGAGAUUGCAGGUUGAUCCUGCUACGUGGCCAACAAUGAUCUUUAGGUUCUGCUAG